AAUGUUGUACACGGCCACAUUUCAGAGCAGGAGUGACUUCCGCUGCCUGAUAUUAUUUCCAGGCCGUCACUGCGUCACUUCCUCCUCUUCUUCAGGACUGUCUUCGGUAAAGGCAGGCCGAACGGCAUCAUGGCAGCCCUCAGACCCCUCACCAAACCUAAAAUUGUCAAGAAAAGGACCAAGAAGUUCAUCAGACAUCAGUCGGACCGCUAUGUCAAGAUCAGUAAAAACUGGAGGAAGCCCAGAGGUAUUGACAACAGGGUGCGCAGACGCUUCAAGGGUCAGAUGUUGAUGCCCAACAUCGGUUAUGGAAGUAACAAGAAGACCAAACACAUGCUGCCCUCUGGAUUCAGGAAGUUCCUGGUCCACAAUGUCAAGGAACUUGAAGUCCUCAUGAUGAGCAACAAGACCCAUUGUGCUGAAAUUGCCCACAAUGUGUCCUCAAAGAACAGGAAGCUGAUUGUGGAGAGGGCCGCACAGUUGGCCAUUAAGGUCACAAACCCCAACGCCAGACUCCGCAGCGAGGAGAACGAAUAAUAUCGUUAUCUUGUUGUCUUUUCAAUAAAGUGAAAAAUAUAAAACCACA